AUGGCAGCGGCCGGGCAGGAGGACUACGCGUACCUGUACAAGGACUCCGCUCACCCCGCCGAGUUCCUGGAGGCGUUCCGGGCGUUUUACCUGGACGGGCUGUUCACCGACAUCACCCUGCAGUGCGCGUCGGGGGUCAUCUUCCACUGCCACAGAGCCGCCUUAGCGGCUUGCAGCAAUUACUUUAAAGCCAUGUUCACAGCCGAUAUGAAAGAGAAAUCUAAAAACCAGAUCAGACUUCCCGGGCUCAGCCAUGCCGUACUGGAAGCCCUCGUGAAUUAUGCAUACACAGCACAGAUCCAGAUAACAAAGAGAAACGUCCAAAGCCUACUCCAGGCUGCAGACCUCCUCCAGUUCGUGUCAGUAAAGAAAGCCUGUGAGCAGUUUCUGGUGAGGCACUUAGACACUGACAACUGCAUAGGGAUGCACUCCUUUGCCGAAUAUCAUGAUUGCUCGGAGCUAGAAAAAGAGUCCAGGAGGAUAUUGUUGUGGCAGUUUGAAGAAGUGUGGAAGCAGGAAGAGUUCCUGGACAUUGGCAAGGAGAAGCUCUCUUACAUUCUCUCCAGAGAGAAUCUCAAUGUUUGGAAAGAAGAGGCAGCCAUUGAAGCUGUCGUUAAGUGGGUUGCACACAAUGUAGAAGAAAGAAUUGAAGACGUCUAUGAACUGCUGAGCUGCAUCAAAGUAGACUUAGAUAACAGGUAUCUGAGGUCAGCUUUAAGCCUACAAAAAAAAUGCCGACUUAAUGACAAUAAGAUAAGGUCACUCAUAUACAAUGCCCUCAGCCUCAGUCCCAAAGGUCUUUCCAGAAGACCCACAGCAGCCAUGUAUGUGAUUGGAGGAUAUUAUUGGCAUCCCUUAUCAGAAGUGCAUGUUUGGGAUCCUUUAACCAACGCGUGGGUCCAGGGAACAGAGAUGCCGGAUCACACCAGAGAGAGCUAUGGGGUCACUAGCUUGGGACCAGACAUAUACGUGACAGGAGGUUAUAGAACAGAGAGCAUCGAAGCCCUUGACACCGUGUGGAUAUAUAACAGUGAGAGAGAUGAAUGGACAGAAGGCUGCCCCAUGCUUGACGCAAGGUAUUACCAUUGCGCAGUUUCCUUGAGUGGCUGCAUCUACGCCUUGGGUGGUUACCGAAAGGGAGCUCCGGUGCAAGAAGCUGAGUUCUAUGAUCCUUUAAAAAAGAAAUGGCUUCCUAUUGCAAACAUGAUCAAAGGUGUUGGAAAUGCCACCGCCUGUGUCCUGCAUGAAGUCAUCUACGUAACCGGAGGUCACUAUGGGUACAGGGGAAGCUGCACCUAUGAUAAAAUCCAGAGAUACCAUUCAGGUAGCAAUGAGUGGAGUAUAGUCACCACAAGUCCGCAUCCAGAAUAUGGAUUGUGUUCAAUUACAUUACAAAACAAGAUCUAUUUUGUGGGUGGACAGACCACGAUCACAGACUGCUAUGACCCAGAGCAAAACAAGUGGAAGCAGAUGGCUCACAUGAUGGAGAGAAGGAUGGAGUGUGGCGCGGUGGUUAUGAACAGAUGCAUCUAUGUAACGGGAGGAUAUUCCUAUUCGAAAGGAACGUAUCUGCAGAGUAUUGAGAAAUACGACCCUGAACUGAAUAAAUGGGAAGCAGUAGGUAAUCUUCCCAGCGCUAUGCGGUCACAUGGCUGUGUCUGUGUGUAUAAUGUGUAA